AUGUCGGGGAGCUCCGCUGCAGAAAUCGUGUCCAAAUUGGCCGCCGACUACAUAGAUGAGACUCCGCAGAAGCUGAAGCUCAUUGACUCGUACAUGGUCUUCUGCGUCGUCACCGGCCUGGUGCAGUUCCUGUACUGUGUGCUGGUCGGCACCUUCCCUUACAACGCGUUCCUGGCCGGCUUCGGAUCCGCUGUCGCGUGCUUUGUCUUCGCCGCCAACCUGCGCAUCAAAAACCAACCCAAAGAACGCCGCCCAGUUCUCGGGCUCGCCUCAAGGGUACCCGCGUUCGCUGAGUUUGUAUUCUGCCACAUUCUCUUGCAUUUCGUCGUCGCCAACUUCCUUGGCUAAAGAGGAGGCCCACGUCGCCUUCUCGCCAUUUAUUCUUCUUUCCAAUAAAGCGCAUGUCUCUUCACACCAC